AGAUCAAACUACAUCAACAGUAUAGUGAAUAUGAUUUCGAUAUAAAAGUUUCGAUCUGUACAGCUCUAUCUGCUACCAAUAAAUAUUCCAUUACCAUUCGCAUACCACGUUUGACCUGAUUCAUUUAGGGAAUAAUUGCAAGAACGGGGCAUCGCUCAGCAUGCCCGGCAUGGCUGCGACAGAAUCUAUGCAGCGAGUUACCGACUGUCCUCGGCGAUUAGUCUAUCUGCUUGACCAGCUUUCGAAAACGGCAGCAAAGACGGGCUGUCUGCCGCAGCCACCACGGCGGACCCACACUUUCGAUCAAUCUAUAGAUCCUGGUGUACAAGGUGUUGACCAUGCAGGAGCAAGCGUUUUCGGAAAUGGGGUCCCCGAUGGCAUGCGUGCAGAAGUCUGGCACCACGAUAGUUCGGACGCAGCAUCGGGCUCGACGAGUUGGGCCAUGGCCGCAACGACUAGCGACCGGCAUUCGAAGAAAGAUGCCAGACAAGAAUUUCUCGGAGUCUGGAAUGUUUACGCAACCACAGCGCGGGUACGAUAUGGAAGCAGAUGGCGGUGCUCCCUGCUGACGUGUCAUAGGCGACCAGUGCUGUGCUUCUAGAGAGCGUGCUGACAUCAAUUUUGCAUUGUAACAACGUACACGUUACUGUGUUGCUGCACCUUUUCAAAACCGAUACUACACUAGAUCAAGAUAGAACACAGCUGCUCAACAUGUACAACCAAGUGCAAGUGUGUAUCGGUCGCCUGUGAUCAUGGUGACUUUUUUCGCGUGUACAGGACGACCUGGUUCCCAGCAUGACUAUCUCGGAGCUCGCAACGGUCGUGCGUUGCUGUUGUCGCGUCCGUUUCACGAAGCACUCACUGCUGAAGCGGAUCUCGGAUCGGCUCUACGUCCUGCUUGAGAAAGCGUUUUUGCAGCAAACACUGGCAGAGACGACUACAAGAACAGCACGGACCACACGGUCCACUGGAAGCUUAACAACCACGAGUCCAAGUUCGGGCCCUAGCAACGAUGGUGCCUACCACGACAGCAAGAAGAUCCUAGACGCGAGAGAACUUUGUCAAUUUUUGCACGACCUCGCGAAACUCGAGUAUCUGAAACCGGACCUCUUUCUGCGGUGGCGUAAUUUGGUCACCGCACACGCGAGGGGCUUGGGAGCCUGGCGGUCCUUCGACCUGCCUCUGCUGGUGACCACCCUGGCGCGCAUCGGACUGCGGGACACGUAUUUACUCGCUGCCGUCAGUCGCGAGUUGGCGUCUCGACUCCAGAAUGAUCUUCAGGACGAGCCUUCGCAGAAGCUAUCCGCAAGACGGGCGGACGCGAGCGCGGGAGUGGCUGCGUUCCUCUACGGAACCGCAGUGUUGAAUUACGUGGAUCCGCACGUGCUCGAUGUCCUCGACUACAGUAGAAGCUUGCUAUACGAGUUUUCCGUGCGGGAGCGAACUAAUGUCGCAUUUGCGCUUUUACUCUACCGCGUCGUCGCCAUGGAUCCUGUGCGAGGUGCUGUGAACAGUGGAAGUUUGAUAGCUGUUGACGACAGCCCCCGCCCGAGGACAGCACACAGCUACCCUGAUCACGACCACCCGACGGCCACCGAACGACCUGGGGCUGCUGCACGUCAAAUAGACAAGUUUUUUUCUGCUCUCAUCCUUGACAACCGGGUGCUCGCGGAAACUGACACCCGAGCCCGACAUCAGCUUCGGAUUCUUGCAGCGAGCGUAGAAUGUGGGUUGAUUUCGACGGCCACGCAGGAUGACACAACUUCUGUGCGUUCCGGCGAAGGACGACCUACUGGUUUCGACGAGCUCUUGGACGCCCACGGGCUUCGUGGUAAGGGGAGACAUGGGUCGUGUGUGGAGUUGACAACGAACACGCACACAUCUGUGUUCCAAAAAUCAGCGCGGCGCGUCUUUGAGGAGCUUGGUGUCGUCUACAAGGAGGAAGUUCGCGUGGGUCCUUACCAAGUGGACUAUCUGCUGAAGCAUCGGGUCGCGGUAGAAUUCGACGGCUAUUCGCAUUUCUACUUGAACUUGCACAGCGCCGAAGAGCAGCGUGAAGUUCUGCAUCGUCAAGAUGAUGAUCGGGUGGCUACGGCGACACCGGAGCAGGCACCGAGAUCAGCAGACAACAUCCCCCGAGGAAUGGAAAAGGCAGUGGCCGACAAGAGUUGCAUGCAGCACCUGCGAAAAGCAAAGACGCUGCUGAAGCACGCGCUACUGGAAGCGAUGGGUAUUCGGGUCGUCAGCGUCCCGUAUGCGGAUUGGCUUUCGGGUCGGCAGUUUGAGAAAAGAAAGGAGUUUUUCGUCAAUUCGCUUUUUCAGCAAACCGGUUCGACACAGUUGUCUGAGUUUCAACAGCAGUUCGGGAUCCGUAGGAAUCAAAGCGGUCAACAUGAAAAUCCUCGUGACCAAAACACGAGGACGUGCGGUGUCGUUUGUUAGAUUUGCAGAGAUGGCUCGGGCGGAACAAAAUAUUCCGAAGCAGAAGAAAUUACUCUUCUGGAAGAUGCUUUUAUACCGCACUAUCGGAUGUCAAGUCGACACAAUAGAAGAGCCGACUACAAGCUACACAGUUUUGCCAGAUCCAGGUCCUUGCAUUUAUUUGUUUGAGUUGUGUGCUUUUCUGCCUCCUGAUCCCUCCUUUGUUCGUGAACACACCGAGGGCGGAGCAAGAUGCUGUUCUAUUUGUUUCGCUUUCCGUUUCCGUAAUUUUCAUGUUGUGAGCGGCUCCGGC